CGUUCAUUCAGGCAGUAAACAAUAAUAUCGCGAAUACUCUACCGAUGGACUAGCUGGAAAGGGCACUAUGGGCUGCCAUCCAAGCAAGAGUAAAAAUGAACUCAUUAAGGAGAUAGAUUAUUUAAAGAAAAAAGAAGCCAAACACAAAAAGAUCAUCAAAAGUCUAAAAGAAAAUAAUGAAAAUGUUGAUGGGGAGAUCAACUAUGCAGCGUCUGAUUCUUCAUCUUCAUCUUCAUCUUCAUCUUUUGACUAUCAUGAAAUGAUUGAGAAGUUAGAAAAAGAGAAUGAAAAACUUAAGGAAGAAAAUGAGAUUCUGAGAAAAGGGAAUGCUGAGCAUGGUAACAAUUAUGAAAUCAUUGCUAAUAGAAGUGCUGAAGUGCCUGCAUCAAAUGUGCCUCAUUCAAAAAAUCUACCAAAGGUUGGAGAUGCAGUUCUUGCAAUGUGGUCUGUCAGUAUUUGGCAGUAUUUUACAGCUACUAUAGUGAUGUUUGAUCCUGAGACAUUGACAUUCGAGAUUAACUGGGAUGAUCAAGAUCCAUCAGGACGCAUCGUUAACUAUCAAAACCUUGCUUUGGAUAGAGUUCCCGAUGAUGAUGAAGUUGCAGUUGGUUCAAUUGUGUUGUUUCCUCAGGGCCAGUACAAGGGGCAGGAGGGUGUUCGACUAGGAGGACAAAGAUGGCACCAGGGUAAGAUUACUGCUGUGAGCAAAGCAGAUGAUGGAAUAAAAUAUUACAGCGGUGUACACACUAAAGGAGACGCUGAUGGCAAAUGGGUGACGUAUAAAGGUUAUGCUCCAGAGUUUCAAGACUUAACCAGGGAUCAGUUAAGAAUCGCACCAAAUGUGUUAGAUUUGUUGUCUGCUGAUGCUACUGCACGUAGUGCAUUAAAUAUGAACAAACCAAUCUCUACUUGUGACGUAUUCCUGUCUUAUUGUAAGCUGAACAGCUAUGAGGCACUACAAAACAAAGAGGUCGAAAUGCCACCGAGCUACGAUGACGCAAUGGCACAAACGUUUUGUGAUCCAAGACGACUAAAGACACAGCUUUCCACUGAUUUGAAUUUGGCUGUGCGUGAAUACUCAGGGGAUCUCACAGAAACAGUAGAUUUGAUUCACCAGUCCAAAGUUGUUAUUGCAUUCUUAAGCGAUGAAUAUGCACAAGAUGAGAUAUGUCGCCAAGAAUUUCAGUACGCCAAAAAGACUGCCCGUAAACCAGUCAUUCCAGUUGUUGUUGGUAGUUCUUUUGAAUGGAUGAUGAGCGUUGUUGGUCUUCUCAUCGCAGGGGAACUAUACAUUCACUUCAAAGACCAAAAUGUGCUACAAUCAAAGAUGAAUGAGUUACAAAAAGCCAUCAGGAAAAACAUUCCCCAUGAAAACAACGAAAUUGACGGUAGUGUACCCAAUGUACCUAAAGGUAAAGCUGAUGUUUUCAUUAGCUACUGCUGGAGUAAUUCAAACAAAGCUCUCCAGGCGAAUCAGGUUACUAAACUUAUCGGAAACCCAUUUGCUGAUGCCAGGAYGAUUAAAGAAGAUUUGAUCGCUCGAAAUAAAGAUCUUGCUAUCUGGCUUGACAUUGAAAGACUUGAAACAACCAACCAAUCAGAUGAGACAAUGAGUAUGUUCCAACAAAUUGCCACAGGAAUCAACCAAGCUAAAGUUGUUAUUAUGUUCGUCAGCGAGGAAUAUGCUAAAAGUGACAACUGUAGAGCUGAGUUCCAAUUUGCUCUCACGUCAUUGAAAAAGCCGGUGAUCCCGGUGGUCGUAGGGUCUGGUGAUAACUGGCGUAGUACGGUAAUUGGUCUGCUAUUAUCAAGCCAAGCAAAUGUUGAGAUUUUAGAUAUGCAACAAAUCACAACYGAACAGGAAUAUCAAAAUAGUCUCCUAAAGAUUGAGAAAAGUAUGUCUCGACACUUAAGUCAUUUGACAACCAAAGGACAACACGUCUUCUCUGCGCCAAUGUUGGGUGAUCAUGUGGUAUGUCAUCAUCAACGAUGGGCGUUCUUCUUUGCAACCAUCGUUAGUUUUGACGGCGAUUCCCUUCAAUACACCGUUAAUUGGGAUGAUAAUGACCCUUCAGGAAGAGAGCAGUCAUAUAAGGAUCUGGCCAUAGAUGCAGUACCAUCAUCUGAUCAGAUAGGAGUGGACUCUGUAGUUUUCUUUCCACAAGGAUCGUAUGGUGCUACUGAAGGUAACAAUACUGGCGGAAAGCGAUUUCAUCAGGGUGUCGUCACCAAAAUACACAAGGAUCCGUCUGGAGUAACGCUGUAUGACGGCCAUCAUACCAAGGGUGAAGUAGACGGGAAAUGGGUAACCUAUAAAGGCUACAACCAUGAAUUCAACGACCUAACGAUUGAAGAUUUAAGGAUUGCUCCCAACGCUAUGGAUGCAUUAAUGGCUUGCAAACAAACAUUCUUAUUGGAUGAAUAAAUGACAUGACGCAAUUCAUACGGGGACAAGUUGGAUGAAGUGUUCAUAUCAAGCUCACUGACUACCAAUUCAAUAUAUCGUAUCUUCUGAAUUUAUCCAUUUCACGGUCUAAUUUGAUUGACAUUUCGUACAGCUACCCCAUAUCUUCAUACAGUCGCAAAUGGGACAACAUGUGCCUGGGUUUGUAAGCACAGAAGAACACUUUAUAAUACCACGAUACUUGCACURGAAGAAAACUCUCUAAGACGUUUUCCUAUAAAAUAACAUAAGAUAUUGUCAAAUAAACAAACUGGACAAUCCUAUU